CCGCCCCUGGCUCAGUCUCAAACCAUGAACUACGUGGGGCAGCUUGCUGAGACUGUCUUUGUCACGGUGAAGGAGCUGUACCGGGGCCUGAACCCCGCCACGCUGACGGGCUGCAUCGACGUGGUGGUGGUGAGGCAGCCCGAUAACUCCUUCCAGUGCUCCCCAUUCCACGUGCGCUUUGGGAAGCUGGGCGUGCUGCGCUCCAGGGAGAAGGUGGUCGACAUUGAAAUCAAUGGGGAGCCUGUAGACCUGCACAUGAAGCUGGGUGACAAUGGAGAGGCUUUCUUUGUCCAGGAGUCAGAGGAGAGUGAGGGCAGCAUCCCUUCCCACCUCUGCACGUCACCCAUCCCCAUGGAGCAGAGCCUGGAGGAGGAUGCUCAUGGACCGGAGGACACCAGCACUGAAGUGACCUUGCACAAGAGGAGGUGACGCAGGAGAAAGCCCAGGAGGAAGGAAGGGUCAGACUCACUGUUAGAAGGCUGCGAGGAGACCAGAAGUGGGAUGUCCAUGGAGGAGCCAUGUGAGCUGGCAGCCCCAAGUGAUUCAGUGUAUUUCUCCUUUGCUGAUCUCCCUGAAGAAGGAGCCAUGUCACUGCAGUCCCUGGAGAUGCACCCUUACUCUGAUGGGGAGCUGGCCUCUGUGGACAGCCCCACCAUGAGCCAUCCGCCCUCUCCUAGAAGCGAUUCUGAGCUGGAGAUCAGACCCCAGGAGAGCUUCCCUCUGGGGACUGAGUCCCACAUGCAGUGGACCUGGGGAAGGCUCCCUCAGGUGAAUAGAUCCGAACGAGUUGAACCAGCCAAGUCCACCAAGAGCAUUGCUACUGCAGAAACCACAAUCUCUGUGGCACUGGCCCCAGAGGAUGAGGUAACCCAUCUUGUUGCCACCUCUGAAGGUCUGGGAGCAGAUCUGUGCCCAGCAGGACCUCAGGCCAUACCCUGUUCCGCUGCUGUGUCUGUUAUGGAGCCAACACCUGCACCACGGCAUGGGAACAGCUUCCCCAAGGAGCAGGAUGUCCCCAGGGCUGUGAGGGCAGAGACCUUGUUGGACACCCCCUUGCCCCCACGGGCGGGAGGCAGGAGCGUGGUGCCCGAGGUUCAGCCAGAUGCUGCUGUGGGGCAGGUGAACUUGGAGCGCCCUGAGCCCCAUCUGGGAAGCCAGAGGAGACAAGGUGGGUGGGAGCCAUCAGCCUCCAGCCCGGCUGAGGAGCAGGCAGCUCGCUGUCUCCCCAGGAGUGACCCAGAGCUCAGUUCAAAGCCCGUGGCAGCCCCCAGCAGCGCUGUUUGUGCCCAGUUGCCCCUCCAUGUGCCUGCUGAGAGCCCCGCGGCCGCCCUGUCCCUGUGCGGAGGGCUGGGGGGCAGCAGGCAGCUCCCUCACGGGAAGUUCAUGGAGCGUGUGGUCUCCUACCAGCAGUUUGCUGAGAACCCGGGGCUCAUCAAUGACCCGAACCUGGUGAUACUGCUCAACAAGAAGUAUUACAACUGGGCAGUGGCUGCUCCCAUGGUCCUGUCCCUGCAGGCUUUCCAAAGGAACAUUCCUGAGAGCACUGUUGACCAGCUGGUGAAGGAAAAGAUGCCCAGGAAAGGCAGCAGGUGGUGGUUCUCCUGGAGGAGGAGAGAAUUCUCAUCAGAGGAGCAGCUGAGGCCAGGGAAAGCCAAUGUGAGGAUGCUGCAGCCUGUCUCUGCUCAGCAGAGGCAGGAAGAGGGGUCAUCCUGUGAUGAAGAGCCCCUGUGCCCCGGGGACAUAUUAGCAAUGGAUGAUCCUGAACAGAAAUCUCUGCCAACCUACAAGAAAUCCCUGCGGCUGUCCUCUGAGCAAAUAGGAAGGCUGAACCUGCAGGAUGGCCCUAACGAGGUGGCGUUCAGCGUGACAACCCAGUACCAGGGCACGUGCCGCUGUGAGGCCACCAUCUACCUGUGGAACUGGGACGACAAGGUGGUGAUCUCUGACAUCGAUGGCACCAUCACCAAGUCAGAUGCUCUCGGGCACAUUUUGCCACAUCUGGGAAAGGACUGGACUCACCGUGGGAUUGCUAAGCUCUUCCAUAAAAUCCACCUGAAUGGCUACAAGUUCCUGUACUGCUCAGCCCGAGCCAUCGGCAUGGCGCACAUCACCAAAGGCUACCUCAAAUGGGUCAACGAGCAGGGCUGUGCGCUCCCCAAGGGCCCCAUCCUGCUCGCCCCCAGCAGCCUCUUCUCUGCCUUCCGCAGGCAGGUGAUUGAGAAGAAGCCAGAGGUGUUCAAGAUCGCCUGCUUGAAGGACAUCCAGAACCUGUUUGCCACCCAGCUGCCCUUCUAUGCGGCUUUUGGGAACAGAGCCAACGAUGUCUGUGCUUACAAGCAGGUUGGCCUGCCAGAGAGCCGCAUAUUCACAGUCAACCCCAAGGGAGAGCUGAUCCAGGAGCUCGCAAAGAACCACAAGUCAACGUACGAGCGGCUGUCGGAGCUGGUGGAGCUCAUCUUCCCUCCUCUGGGCCAGAGCAGGAGCAUGGCUCUGGUGUGCCCAGAGUACAGCCACUUUGCCUACUGGAGACCCCCACUGCCUGCUGUUGACUUGGAUGCCUUCUCCUGACCUUAUUGCCUGCGGAGACCUGACCCAGGGCUCUCCUGUGCAUCCUCUGCCAGGAUGGGAUGCUCCAGAUGCCUCUGCUCAUCCCUGCUUGCUGCUCAGGCACUUUGCACUUCUCACAGGGGUCAUGUUCUGCACUAGAAACACCCAAUAGGGGCCCAGAGAGCUCUGACUCUACAAAACCUGCAUUUACUAAAAUGAAACUCCUGUAAGCUGGUCCCUGCUUAAUGUUCUUAACACCUUUAAAGCCUGGCUCUUCAUUAAAAGUGGUGGUGGGUCA